CGCUGUUCAUAGCUCGUUUAGCUUUCGUCGAGUGUACAUACAUAGAUAGAUACAUACGAGACCAUACAUACCUACGUAAUUUCGAGCGAGAGACAAAAUAACGAGACGGUAGAAGAAGGAGUAUAGACUGGCAACGCAGUAACCGAUUGGAAACUUUCGAGAGAACAUCGAGCGCGUUUGCUAUAUCGUAAUACGUUACAAGAAUCGAAAACUCGUAGGAAAUCCUUUUUUCUUUUUCUCGUUGUCCUUCUAUUUGUUUUUCUUUUUUUUUUUUCUUUUUCCAUUUCCUCUCUUCGACAUCUCAUAUACGAACGACCUCUACGAGUAAAGACAUUCAUUCAGUCGAUAUUCUCGCUCACACGCGAACGGAUCGUCGGAGAAUAAAAUAUUUUUAUUUUCGUGUCUCUUCGUUGUUACGUCGCGUGAUAAUAAUAAAAGAUAACAAAAAAAAAAAAAAAAGAAAAAGAAAAAGAAAAAGAAAUAAAAAGAGCAAGCAAGUAUUCUGUAUUUUCGAUAAAAAUCUUCAUGAGAUUGAUUUUAUUGAUAUAUCAAAUAUCAACGUGUGAUAACAGACCUAAAAGCAGUUUUAUUUAAUCAUGCGAUUGAUAACGACCGAUAGAUUAUACUUUAUUUUGACAUUAUGGAUAUGGAUCAUCACCGAUCAAGCCCUAGGACAACAACCCAACGAAUCUGUACCUUCUGUUAUCUUAGGUGGCAUUGGUAAUGUCGCUUCCAGUGCUACAAAUUUUCUAUCCGGAGUCGUGCAACGACAGAAAGACCUGUUGCAUCGCGUGACCGACACCGCCACAGAUUACAUCGUCAGUGCGGUGGAAAGACCAAGGAUUUUAUUGAUCAAUGCAACGAGAGCCACAACGGGAAUUAUCGACAGUGCAGCGUCGAAGGGACUCGAAUUCAAGCUUCGAAGAUUCAUCGAGAAGUUACGUUCGCGAAUGCGUUACGGUAUACCAGAAUUGGAUAUACCACCGCUCGAACCAUUUCAUCUCGAUGGAGUUCGCAUCGACACCGAUAAUCCAGAAAUUGGAAACAUCAGUGCCAUUAUCACCGACUUAACGGUUUACGGAUUAUCAACGUUCAUUAUCGAAAGUGCGAAACUCUCUUUGAUCGGUCCAAGCAUAUCCGUAAAUCUUUUGUUUCCGGAACUGUAUGCAACCGGUGAUUACAACGUAUCCGGUAUACUCGGCGACAUGUUUACGAUAUUUGGUUCUGGCCCUUUCAAAGCAACGAUCUACGAGUUUCGUUUACAAUUUACAGUUGUAUUGGGUUACUCGAGGGGUUUGUAUAUAAAAGAUUUCGAUCUCGACUUCGCGUUGACGUCCGUCUUGUUCGAUAUUGAAAAUUUUAUGGGAGGUGACGAGGUUGGAAGGAUCAUGAACAAGGUCUUUCAAGAACUCACUCCGCAGGUAGUGGAAAUCAUUAAGCCGGACAUACUUCCAGGAAUCAAGAGUUACGUGGCGAGCAGAGCCAACGAAACUAUCCAACAUUUGACCAUGAGAGACUUGUUUAAUAUUCUCUUGGGAGAAAACGAAAUUCGAGAUAUCGCUCAUUUAAUCAUACCGUGAUAUAUAUGUGUAUAUAUAUAUAUAUAUAUGUGUAUGUAUAUAUAUACAUAU